GGAUAUUAAAGCGUCAUGUUGUAUCUGUGCGUCGUUGUCAUCGCGGUGCAGUGCAAUUCAACUAACCUUCACAUACAAAUACAAUCCAAAAGUCAGCAGAAGAAGAAGCAGAAGAAAAGAAGAGAAGAAGAAGAAUUAAUUCCUCAUUUCCUUAUAGUGCCGGAUUUCUUAUGCGGAUUCAUUCUAAUAAGGCGUAAACCCACUUUCUCUUUAUUAUUGUCAAUGCCAAUGACUAGUGUGUUCCGUGAAUCCUGCCAUGGGGCACUCCACGGAUGCUACCGCCUUUUCCCCUGUCUCGCUGAUCCUGCGAGGAGAUCUGCAUUGGGGUUAAAGGUGGCAUUAGUGAUGCUACAUCUGAUAUACGUUGGAAUUCUCUUUAUUUUCGAUGAUGAUUUGAUAGAGAAAGCAAGACAAGAGCCUUGGUACAUUGUUUUAUACCUGCUGUUGUUUGUUGCAACAUUGGUUCAAUACUUUGCUACAGCUUGUUCUUCUCCAGGCUAUGUUCUUGAUGCAAUGAGGGGUCUGAACGAUAAAAAUGCAGCAUUUGCAAAGGCAUCAAUUCCCUCCAAACAACCUGCUUCAAGUAAAAAUGGUAGCUUGAUUAUCACAGUGGACGAGAGUCGAUCAGGAAAAACUUCUUCAGGAAGUAAUAUAACAUCUUGGACAAAGAUUGUUUUGGACAUGUACCCCCCUGGAACAUCCGUUAGAACUUUGACGUGUUCCUAUUGCAAUGUUGAACAGCCCCCACGAGCAAAGCAUUGCCAUGAUUGUGACAAAUGUGUUCUUCAGUUUGAUCAUCAUUGCGUUUGGCUUGGAACGUGCAUUGGCCAGGGAAAUCAUUGUCGAUUUUGGUGGUAUAUUUGUGAAGAAACAACAUUGUGCUUAUGGACUGGAAUCUUGUACAUUGCAUACUUGAAGGCUAACAUCACAAGGGCUUGGUGGAAAGAUGCAAUCAUGAUUAUUUUGCUGGUUACCUUGUCAAUUGCCUCGAUCUUUCUGCUGCUUCUCUUACUUUUCCAUAGCUAUCUUAUUUUGACAAAUCAGACUACCUAUGAACUUGUAAGGCGAAGACGCAUCCCAUAUUUAAGGGGAAUUCCUGAACGAGUGUAUCCAUUCAGUAAAGGAGCUUGCAGAAAUCUAUAUGAGUUUUGCUGUGUCCGAAGCAGCUUAUACAACCUGGAAAGGUUACCCACACCCAUUGAACUUGAAGAGAAGUCCAGACCUUACACAUGCUUAGAUUUUUUAACAUGCCGAUGCUGUUGAGGUUGUGAAAGCAUCAUAUCAGUAAUUAGACAGUUUUCAUCCCCAAGUAUUUCUUGUGAUCUCUAUUUGAACAUUCAGAAUAUUAAGUUGGACCUGUUUGUGGAUUUUGCAGUCAAUAGUUGAGAUGGUGAUUCUUUGUUGGCUGGAUGUUAGAUCAUAGAAUUCUGUUAUACCUGCUUUGCAUCCUUCAAUCUGCGGUAGAGUAAUUUCACAUCUAGAAUAGAGAAUUAUUUCUUUUCACAUUUAGAAUAGAGAAUGAUUUCUUGUGAUUUCAAAUGCUACUGAGUGUAAUUGUACUAAGUGAUAUUGUUUGUAAGACAUGACAGCUUGUGCAUAGUUAAGCUUGUGCUCUUAUAUGCC